AAACAAAAAAAACAGAACCAAAGUGAGAAACAUAUAAUGGCGGGAAACUCAUUUAUGACUCCGGCGAUUAUGCUAAUGCUCGCCGUGCUUCUCCUUAUUUCACCGGAGGUCUACGCUGGACAUAACUACCGUGACGCUCUCCGCAAAAGCAUCCUCUUCUUCGAGGGUCAACGCUCCGGAAAACUCCCGCCAGAUCAACGUCUCAAAUGGCGCCGCGACUCCGCCUUGCGCGACGGUUCCUCCGCCGGAGUGGAUUUAACGGGAGGAUACUACGACGCCGGAGAUAACGUGAAGUUCGGGUUUCCAAUGGCGUUCACGACGACGAUGAUGUCGUGGAGCGUCAUAGAUUUCGGUAAAACGAUGGGACCGGAGCUUGAAAACGCCGUGAAAGCUAUCAAAUGGGGAACGGAUUAUCUCAUGAAAGCGACUCAGAUUCCCGGAGUCGUCUUUGUUCAAGUCGGAGACGCUUACUCCGAUCAUAAUUGCUGGGAACGUCCCGAGGACAUGGACACGCUUCGAACGGUUUAUAAAAUCGAUAAAGACCAUCCUGGUUCGGAAGUCGCUGGAGAAACCGCAGCCGCACUAGCAGCCGCGUCGAUCGUGUUUGAGAAACGCGAUCCAGCAUACUCCAAGAUGCUCCUGGACCGAGCAGCAAGGGUGUUUGCGUUCGCCCAAAAGUACCGAGGAGCGUACAGUGAUAGUCUUUACCAAGCAGUGUGUCCUUUUUACUGCGAUUUCAACGGUUACGAGGAUGAGUUGCUUUGGGGAGCGGCAUGGCUACACAAAGCUUCAAAGAAACGUGUGUAUAGAGAGUUCAUUGUGAAGAACCAAGUUAUCCUAAAAGCUGGAGAUACGAUUCACGAGUUUGGUUGGGAUAACAAACAUGCCGGGAUUAAUGUCUUAAUCUCCAAAAUGGUAUUAAUGGGAAAAGCAGAUUAUUUUCAGAGUUUUACGCAAAACGCUGAUGAGUUCAUCUGUUCUUUAUUGCCUGGAAUCUCCCAUCCUCAAGUCCAAUACUCACAAGGAGGACUAUUAGUGAAGAGUGGAGGGAGCAAUAUGCAACAUGUAACAUCAUUGUCGUUUUUGUUACUUACAUAUUCUAAUUAUCUAAGUCACGCCAAAAAGGUGGUGCAAUGUGGCGAUUUCACAGCUUCGCCUGCUCUUCUCCGCCAAACCGCCAAGCGACAGGUGGACUACAUACUAGGAGAUAAUCCGAUGAAAAUGUCGUACAUGGUUGGAUACGGUCCGAAGUUUCCACAGAUGAUUCACCAUCGCGGCAGCUCCGUUCCUUCAGUCGUGGACCAUCCUGGUCGUAUAGGGUGUAAAGACGGUUCUCGUUACUUCCUCAGCCCGAAUCCUAACCCUAACUUGCUGAUUGGUGCCGUCGUUGGUGGUCCUAAUGUCACUGACGAUUUUCCUGAUUCGAGACCCUACUUUCAGCUGACUGAGCCAACGACUUACAUCAACGCACCUCUAUUGGGCCUUCUUGGUUAUUUUUCGGCCCGUUCGUAGAUUUCACACCUCAAAAGCAAUGAGGUCUACAAAGAUUAUGAUGAUUAGCUUCUUGUUAGAGGUGUGCUGAUUACUAGACCGCCCUACUAGUACCAGAUAUUGACAAUUCUUAAUGUGUUUACACUUUAUAAACCAUAAGAAUUAGUCGAUGAUAAGAAAUUUUAUCCCACAAAUCAUUGUUGAUGUACCAAAAAUAUAUUUGUAAACACUAAGUGUUCAUCUUAAUUCAUUUGGAAGCAAAGUGCAGUCUGAAUGGAACU